AUGAAUCGUCUCAACAUUGCGUGUAAAGUGGCUUUAGGCUCGACUCUCGCCUUCGUCGUCGUCGAUUUGAUAUUCGCGACACUAUUCACCGACAGCGUACUUCUGUGGACGCCUGCCGACACACAGCUGACGACGCCGCCGUCGCUCGUCAUGACGGCACACGGCUGCGUCAACAAGGUGUGCGCCGAGUUACCGACGACGUUAGUUGGGAGAAUUAAAGUUAAUAGCGCCAUAAAUAAAACGCUAACGUGGCGGACACUAGAAGAUGAGUUAUCGUACGUGCAGCACGGUGGUGAGUGGCGCCCUCAGGACUCGCCUGCUCUCUGCUUGCCGCGCCACAAGGUGGCCAUCAUUGUUCCGUACAAGAACAGAGAAGAUCAGCUGCUAGCCUUCUUACGUCACAUCCAUCCGUUUUUACAACGACAGCAGAUUCACUACGGCAUAUACGUUGUUGAGCAGGCAAACACUACGGAGGAGUUCAACAAGGGUCGCCUGAUGAACGCCGGCUUUGUAGAAGCGAUGCGACAACACAAUUGGACGUGUGUGAUCUUCCACGAUGUCGACCUGCUACCUGAGAACGACCUUAACACGUACCGCUGUGACCUUCACAACGUCCGCCACAUGACGGUCGCCGUGGACCGCUACAAGUACACAAUCGGCUACUCAGCCCAUAUGGGCGGAGUGGUCGCGUUCACGCCAGAACAGUUUAAAACGGUGAACGGCUAUAGCAAUUUAUUCUGGUUGUGGGGAGGCGAAGACGACGACAUGCGGAACAGAUCUGCGUUCCACACUGGUUACGAAGUUUGCGAGCGUCUGGUGAACAGGACUGACGCGUGA